ACUCAAAUAAGUUUUCAUGUAUGUAUUCACUUCCAUACUGUACAUUAAAAUAUUGCUAGAUUUAAUGACCCUGAAUUGGGAUUAUCUGCAGAAGUACUUGUGUAUGAGCUGGGUUUUAGGAUUAUUUGCUGCAUGACUUGCGAAAUCUCCUGUUACCAUUCAAAAGUCUAAAAUAUCGAUUAACACAAUGUCUGGAAAAGCAUCAAGUUCACAGCCUAGUAGUGGUUUGAGUGGGUCUGGUGCUCUAUCACAUGUUUAUAUUCCAUAUCUUCCUCUACGAUGCAAUGUACCUGGAUCUAGGGGAUUAUUUUAUGAUGAUGGAAAUAAGUUGCUGCUAUCCCCAACAUCAGAUCAGGUCUUCUGUUGGAAAACUGUUCCUUUUGAUCCUAUGGUUGCUCCUACCUCUGAUUCACUUACUGAAGGGCCCAUCGUAUCUAUUCGAUAUUCCUUAGACUUGAAGUUUAUAGCUGUCCAAAGAUCUGAUCAAGAGAUACAAUUUUGGGAUAGAGGAAGUGGAGAAACAUUUAGUCAGAGGUGCAAGUCUGAGUCAGAGAGUAUACUGGGGUUCUUUUGGACAGACUGUCCAUUGUGUGAUAUUGUUUUUGUUAAGACCAGUGGGCUGGACUUAUUUACUUACAAUUCGGAUUCAAAGUCACUUCAAUUGGUCGAGACAAGAAAAUUGAAUGUCAGUUGGUAUGUUUAUACACAUGAAAGUCGCUUGGUUCUUCUUGCUUCUGGAAUGCAGUGCAAAACCUUUACUGGUUUUCAGCUUUCGUCUGCAGGGAUUAUUCGUUUGCCAAAGUUUGAGAUGGCAAUGGCUAAAUCCGAGGCUAACAAUAAGCCAGUCCUAGCUGCUGAAGAUAUUUUCAUCGUCACUGUCUAUGGUAGAAUAUAUUGCCUGCAAGUUGAUAGGAUUGCAAUGCUCCUCCAUUGUUAUAGGUUUUACCGCGAUGUGGUGGUACAACAGGGUUCUUUGCGUAUUUAUUCAACCAGGGUUGCUGUGAGUGUGGUUGAUAAUGUACUACUUGUACAUCAAGUUGAUGCGAAGGUUGUUAUACUGUAUGAUAUAUAUGCUGAAUCUCGAGCACCCAUAUCUGCACCACUUCCUCUACUGUUUCGGGGUUUCCCAAGGUCCAAUUCUUCUUCGCUGCGAUCAAAUAGGGAAGAUAAUGAAAGUUCAGAAGUGAAUGUUAUUAGUGAUCAUGAAGCAAUCAUCUAUGGAGAUGACUGGACAUUUCUCAUUCCUGACCUCAUAUUUUCUGUUACUAAUAAAAUCUUGUGGAAGAUCCAUUUGGAUCUUGAGGCAAUUUCUGCCAGUAGCUCAGAAGUACCAUCAGUUCUAGAGUUCUUGCAGCGGCGAAAGUUGGAGGCCAAUAAGGCUAAGCAGUUGUGCUUGUCAAUAGCACGGACUGUUAUUCUAGAACGGAGACCUGUGGCCACAGUUGCUAGGGCAAUAGAUGUUUUGGUUACCUCUUAUUCUCACUGUAGUAAGACAGGAAAUUACUUCAAGGGAACCAAAGCUGGAAAAACAUUACCUUCUGGAGUGCCCAUCACAACUGGUCCUAAUUUAAGUGCUGAUGCAUCUGCCAGUAGAGUAGAUGCAAUGGGAAAAAACAUCAAGUAUGAAUCUUGUGCUGGAGUGGACAGUGAAUCGCCUAAUAGAUUUUUAACCUUUUCAAAUUCGGACUCUGAGGAGGAUGGUAGCUUUCAAUUCUUUGAUAGUAAAAUAGACAGAGGGAAGUUGACCGUUGCUGAAACUUCUGUAUCUGAAGUUCGGUCUUCACUGAAUGUUAAUCUUUCUGAGCAGCAAGAGUCUCAACUUACAUCUCCAGCAAUUUCACCUGACGAAAUGUACAGUUUUGUGUUUUCUCCUGUAGAGGAAGAGAUGGUUGGAGAACCUUCUUACUUGGUUGCUAUCAUUGUUGAGUUUCUUCGCAGUGCUAAUUUGGAAAAGGUUGAAGUACGUUCUAAUAUCUAUGUCCUCACCAUCCAAUUGCUAGCGCGCAGUGAGCGAUAUGCAGAACUUGGGCUGUUUGUCUUAAACAAGAUUCUUGAACCUUCUAAAGAAGUAGCAAUGCAACUACUAGAGUCUGGCCGUCAGAAUUCCCGGACAAGGAAGUUGGGUUUGGAUAUGCUGAGGCAGCUCUCUUUACAUGAGGACUACGUACUGAUGCUAGUGCAAGAAGGAUAUUACCUUGAAGCGUUACGCUAUGCACGGAAGUACAAGGUCAAUACCGUCAGAGCUUCACUGUUUCUUGAGGCAGCAUUUACCUCCAACGAUUCACAAAAUUUAGCUGCAGUCCUUAGGUUUUUCACAGACUUCAUUCCUGGCUUCAGAGACACAUCGGAUCAUAUUACUUACUACCGCAUUCUGACUGAGAUGAACUCAUCCAUUGCUGCUUGAAGUUUCUCAUAACAAGAUGGUUAGGACAGUAAAAUUGUAUCAGGUAAAAGUUACUAAAUAAGGUGUCCGAAAUUAAACGACAAUUGUGAAAAGGAAUUUGCUUCUUUUUUUGCUCUUCUUUCCAUAACACAAUAAAAGGGAAUACAGGAGCAUGCUUUUGAUU